CAGGAUCUCAUUCCCACCGAUGAGUUGACAAAGCCAGGAUUCAGCCAAUAGGAAGGGAGAGUCACUGGGAAUGAGGUGACGUCACCCCGGAGCCCGGGAUGUGCCCGCUCAGUGUGAGCAGUCAGUCAGGCCGCCUGGGUGGGUGAAGGGUGGUCGGUGUUGGUGGGAACGGUGGAUGGGUAUCACAGUUGAUGUAUGUGUGGUAACAACAUGUCAUUGCCGCUGCUUGAUGAAGCUGCGACGGUGUCUGGGACUGAACGGGAGACGGCAGUGGUUAUUUUCCUGCAUGGACUUGGAGACAGUGGACAUGCAUGGGCUGAAUCAAUGUCUUCCAUCCGACUUCCUUACGUGAAAUAUAUCUGCCCUCAUGCGCCAAAGAUGCCGGUGCAAUUGAAAAAUUUUGUAUCAAUACCAUCAUGGUUUGACUUGACAGGAUUAAGUCCAGAUGAUGCAGAAGAUGAAGCUGGUAUAAAAAAAGCUGCUGACUGCAUUAAAGCAAUUAUUGAACAUGAAAUCAAAAAUGGAAUUCCUUCACAUAGGAUCAUUCUAGGAGGAUUUUCGCAAGGUGGUGCGCUGUCUCUGUACACUGCUUUGACUUGCCAUCACAAGUUAGGUGGUGUUGUAGCCCUGAGUUGCUGGCUUCCUCUUCACAAAUCAUUCCCACAGGCAGCAGGUAGUAAUGUCAACAAGGAUAUCAGCAUCCUGCAGUGUCAUGGUGAAAUGGAUCCUGUGAUAACAUUAAGAUUUGGUUAUAUGACUUUGCAUAAGCUAAAGACUAUCAUCAAUCCAGAAAACAUUCAAUUCAUAACAUAUUUAAUGCAGCAUUGCACGUGUAAAGAGGAAAUGGCAGCAGUGAAAGACUUCAUUGCAAAGCAGCUUCCACCAGUCUGACUGAAGAUAGUGAAUCAUUAAAGCCCACUGCUAUUUUAAAGUCUCACCUAAGAAUUGAAACCAAUUCAUAUGCAAGCAACCUCAGAUCUUUUAUUGAACAUUUUAUUUAUAAUUGUUAAUAUUGUACAGACAUUCCCAAGUUUCUUUCAGGUGAUAAUUUAUCAAUAUAGGACACCCAAAAUUAAACAAAAGGUACCUGUUCAAUUUUAACACUUUCCAGCUCAGAUGGUUAAAGAACUAAUCCUAACACAGCUAUAAUUUUAGAGGUUCCCCCCCCCCCCCACAACACUAUCCUUACUUCCUCAACACUGAAUUCAAAGCUCUAGUCAAGUCAAAUCUGUCAUACAUACAAGUAAGGUGAGGUACAGUGGAAAAACUCAAUUCUGUUCUGCCUCACUAUGUGGAACUGAUCAAAAUUUGUUCAUCGCGAUAGUGACGUUAGCUCUUUCUUUUCUUUUUCAAUCUUUUUAUUAGUUUUCAAAUUAAUAUAUCAAUGUUUAUACAUGUAAUACAAAGAGAUCAGGAGAACAAUCAUGACAUGGAUAAUCAUAAAGAACAAUAAAUGUUAGCUCUGAUUUACCUGUAGAUCUGGGGUUGUGGUCAGACUCCAGCUAGCCUGAUUGCAUUACCAUUAAUAAUUUGAGGUUGUGAUUAUUAGUUAUAAAUCACAAGAGUUAAUGAGUUGGAUAUAGAUUCAGUAAUGCAUGCAGUAAAUGCUUGCCAUAUUGGAACUAUCAGAUCUUUAGUUAGCUGCCAACUUUUACAUUUUCUGUGCCUGCAUGAGGCAUUACCUGAGUGUUCAGGUUUUAGAAUCUGUUGGGGGGGGGGGGGUGGUGGGAGGGGAGGGGAGGGGGGGUAAUUGAUGCAAGUUACCUUUGCAGGGACAUGGCUAGCUCUUGUGCUAUUACAGAACAGAAUUAAUGACGAGUAAAAACAGUAAUGAUUAAUCACAACUUUUCAACAAUGAAAAGGAAAACUUGAUUGUUUAUUGGGCAGUUUUUAUUAAUUGAGAUCAGAAAACAAGAGAUCAGAGCAUCUUCUCAGUGCAUUGUGGUUGACGGCUGCUGUACAGACUAAUAAAGCAUAAUUAGC